AUGAGUGGUGUCGUGAGAAAAGAGCAGUAUGCCAGUGUUAAGAAGAUACAACGAGCACUCUUAGGUACACAAUCCAAGGCACCGCGUCAAGAGCCUCCAGGCGUGGCCUCCGUUGGCCUCAUCAACAUUUUGGGUGGCAAAGAGGCAAAGUUGCAAGCACUCGUGAGGCACGUGGAUAUCGGCGCACACGAGUCCCUGCAGCCUAUCAAGUUGCUUAUAGAAUUCAUGAGCUUCAUCGUGGGCGGACUUACCGUUGAAGCGGACAAGGUUGAGGAGGCUAUAUGUGAUGCGAAGAAGGUCGCUGCAACACUCACACAUGAAAUUCAGCGCUGCGAAGUAGAACUUCAGUACAGACAGCAGUAUAGUGGUACCAACGUCACUCGAGCGUUGGCUCAAUUCUACCGUGCAAAAUGUAUAUUUUCUCCGAGCGCAUCUGUCAACACCACGGAAGGGCACUUGCGUGAACUCGCUCAAGCCAUAAUGGAGGAUCGCGCUCGUCUACAGGAAACCAGAAGCAAACUGAGAGUGUUGACCAUGGUACAACGUCUUUUGUGGGGAUCAGGUAGCGUGCCCCAGGAGGAUGUUGAGUGCGUGCUGCGCGACUGGAGCGUCACACUUACUAUUCGUCGUUUUAACCAUAAACUGAGAGACAUCAUGCUUCCACUUAAAGAAGAGGCGCGUAACGCACUUGGUUGCUUGUUGUCUCUUGAGGAGUUUAUUGUGCAUGUCGAUAUUGGGCUUUCCGCAGCCACGGAGGAUUUGGAGGCUUGUCUCGUGUCAUUGAAAAAGUGCAUUUUGAUGCAAGAAGAAGACUCGCGUGUCCGCCGCAUCAACGCGAUGCGGGAGAGAGCUUCGACGGAACCCUCCUUCAUGUUUCACUUAUCACGUCCUACUGAGCGAUAUUCGGCAUCUGCGAUGGAAACUGAGGAGCUCAGCAAGUUGUAUUGCUCCUAG